UGCUCGUUGACGAUCUGGGCUCGAUUGCUUCAUUGCUCGCUCCGGGGUUCUUCUAUCGAUUGGUUCUGGCUGCGCGCGGAGGAGAGGAAGACGCACAUCAUGGCGGCUACUCCGGCUACGAACCCGUCCCAGCUGCUCCCGCUCGAGCUCGUGGAUAAAUGUAUUGGCUCCCGGAUUCACAUCGUCAUGAAAACCGACAAAGAAAUCGUCGGCACCCUGCUGGGCUUCGACGACUUUGUCAACAUGGUGCUGGAGGACGUGACAGAAUUUGAGAUCACACCAGAGGGAAGGAGGAUAACCAAACUGGACCAGAUCCUCCUCAACGGCAAUAACAUCACCAUGCUCAUACCCGGAGGAGAAGGUCCUGAAGUAUGAGAAUCGUCGCUGAACACUGACACAGAUUUGUUUUGUGGAUACAAACUUUACUUUGGUCGAUGACUUCAUUGUUUUGUUCUUAUCGGAUCGUUCCUUCUUUAUGUUGAUGGAAAAUAUUUUUGUAAUAAGAGUUCUGUUUGAGUUAAAUCGAAGUGUGUCAUGAAUCACUUUUUUAUUUACAAAUAAAUGAGAUUCCAACAACA